UUUUUCGAAGUUUCUAUCAACGGCGUCGGCCACAUGUUCGCUCGUGAAACGAGAUUUUUCGCGAAUUACCAUUGAAAUAUGGUGUAAAGUGUUGUGAAAUUAUACAAAAGUGCUGAAUAAUCAAAACAGUGAUAUUGUACAAUUGAAUUGAACUGAAAUUUGUUAAUAGAUCGCAGACAAUCUCGAUAAAACAAAAUUUUCAAAUACGCAAAGAGUACAUUUUUUCGUCUCUCUUUACAACUCUAUUCUUUUGUCGUCGAAUUGUCAAAUUUCGACGUGAGUUGAGUUUGGUUCGUAUCAAUUCUUCGUGUCAAAUUUAUUAUUGUACGAAUUUGAUCGUGUGUGUAGAAUAGUCUCCACAAAGCAAAGGCCGCAAUAAAGGUUUGUGAAAAAGAGAAUAAGAUAAAACGUGUGUGCAAAGUGAGUUGUAUUUUGGACUGUGCGGUGCUCAACAAAUCGACGUUCUAAAUUGUAUUGAUUACUGUGUAUGAUUUUUCCUUGAAGAAUCACAGUGAGCAUUUACGAAAUGCUGUCAACUAGAUAAGGCUCACUAUAAAUUGCCAGCCGUACGAAUUCUUGUGACCGUCUUGAAGUGGCUAUUAGCAUCGCUGUAGAAUUCUUCUUUCACCGGAAUUUCAAAACAAGCAUAGAGUCGACGUCUUGAAAUUGAUUUGUUUGAACGUUUUUUGUCUUUUUGAUUGGGCAAGGAAGCAGCAAAGAGUUUCCAUAACGUCAAAGCAAUUUCUGGAGUAAGUAACGUAACUGACGUUACCAAUACUCCGGAGGCACACGAUAAACGCACUUGAAGCUAACAUGUCAGCAGGUAAAGAAGAAAUUUCAAAAACGAGCGCCACCACCACCGGCCCAACGGUGGCGGCUCCCACUGGCCAGCCGACAGCACCAGCAACAACGUCUUAUGCUAAUGUGUUGCAAAAUUUGGAAACUAAAAAAGGUGCCAUUGAUAAAAGUGGAUCGGGGGAUGUCGCAGUUGUUGAUUCUGACAAUAAAGAAAACCAACCUAAUCUAAAAUCAAUUAAGUCAUGGAGUGAGGAGGCUGCUGCCGCUGAAGCAGCCGGCGAAAGCUUAGCCACUACUACUGUUGAAACUAAUGCAAGCUUGGCCGGCGAAAAGCGUGCUGCCAAUACGGACGCAGGUGCAGAAAACUCUUCGGAAAUAGACGAUAAUAAUGAUUUUGUGCCGGUGGUUUCACAUCAUCGACGUGAUCGUAAAAAACCACGUAAGGAAAAACCAACCGGACGUGAACGACAAGGUGGAAAUAAUAACAAUGGAAAUGAAAAGCUUCCCGGCGGAGGAAAUGGUGUUCGAGCUGGUGGUGGCAAUGGUGGUGGUGGUGAUGGUGGAAAAAGCAAACGUAUAACGGGUGCUGUUGAAAAGGAAGGCGAUAAAAAGUAUACGUCGCGUGCACGUCAACGCGGCGGUAGCCCUCGUAAAGGUGGACCUACUGGCGGAGCACCCAAGUCGCCAAAGGACCGGAAAGAUACUUCGCCCAGUGCUAGCGUAGAGAAUACAAGCAGUGGAAAUGAAGCAAAAAGUAGUGAUGCCGAAUCGCCAGCAGCUAGCGGUAAUGGUGCUGCAGCAGCUCCACCAUCUCAGCCGAAGAAAUACGUGGCUGCACCUCCACCGAAGGUCAACGCCUGGAAGAUAUCCAAACAAUCAUCCAGCAACAAAACAACCACAACAGGUUCGACGCCUUUAGAAAAACGUGUUUUACAACCUAAAAAGCCGAUUGCACAGCAGCAAUCACAGGAACCGAAAGUAGCCGACAAUAAUCCAGAUAGUGCUCAGGCGCAUACUAAUCGAAUUGGUGAUAGCAAUCAAAAUAACAUUGAAAGCAGCGAAAUCAGCACCACCAAAGUCGCAGCUCAAGACGAAGUUAUAACAACAACAGCAGCAGCAGCGCCAAUUUCUACACCAGCUCCAGCUCCAGCAACAGCAGCAGCAGCACCGACAAAUACUGCUAAGCACCAACCAGACACAUCACCCGCUCCGGUUGUAAAUAAGGGAAAGAGAGCCAAUGAAAAGACCAGCGAUUUCAGCAACGUUGGUGAUUGGCCUAUGUUAAUUGGUGGUAAACCCACAAAUAACGAAUCGAAACGCUUAACGAAGCAUAAACAGCGUUCAGUGAACGCAAACAGUAAAGAGGAAAACACAACACCAACAGCAGCACCCCCAACAUCAGCUCCCGGUAACGCUGAUCAAGCAGCUCCAACAGGCAGUGCUACCACAGGUGAUAAACCAUCAACAAGUCAAGCGCAAAAUGAGCCUAGCAAAUCUGGCAGUGGUGAAGGCAAUAGUGGAUCUUCGGCCACAAAUGCCACAGCCGGCAACUCAAGCUCAGGAUCAAAUGGCAUCAAUAAGAAGAUUCCCAAGCACAAGUGGCGUCCUCUCCAAAUCGACCUUGCAAAAUCAAGUCGCCCGAAACCGAUUGGACGUCCCACUAGACGUUUGCCAAACUCUGCGUCUCGCUAUCACCAGCAGUCACAACAGUACCACAAUCAAGAGCAACGCUCAAACGGUGGUGACCACUACAACGGCGGAACAGCAACAGAGCAACAACGCAGUGAUUGGCGUCAACAUGCAGCACCAAGCGCCGGCGGUGAAACGUCCCGUGGCGGUGAACGCCCAACGCGGCCCUAUUCCCGCCCUACUGAGCGCAUUGAUUCCUGGCGUAGCGGCAGCGGCACCGAGCGCAGUAUUGCCAUCGGUGGCGGCAGCGUCACCGAACGAGACUACGAGCGGCCAGUCCGCACGCAACGGCGCUUCCGGACGUCCUAUCGUGGCGGGCGGCAAGGUCGGGGUGGAUUCGCAAGACCGGGACCAGGUCGUGCGUCAAAUCGCAUACCACGCCAUCUGUUAGCCAGUGGCGAAUACGCAAGUUAUUUGCCGGCGGACGCAGCCGGUGUCGAACAGUCCUCGUUUGUGCUCAUGGGCACGCACUACUACGGUCCAGUGCCGGCGACCUAUAUCGAAAUGGAUGCACAAACGGUCAAGGAAGCGAUCAAGAAACAAGUUGAAUACUAUUUCAGUGAAGAGAAUUUAACUGGCGAUUUCUUUCUGCGUCGCAAAAUGGACCCAGAAGGUUGUAUUCCAGUCACAUUGAUUGCUUCUUUUCAUCGCGUCUUAGCCUUGACUACUGAUGUGGCGUUAAUCAUUAACGCCAUCAAGGAGUCCGAGAAGCUGGAGUUUCUCGAGGGCUACAAAGUACGCACAAAUACCAAUCCCACAAAAUGGCCCAUUCGUGAUGUGAUCGAGACUACAUUUAAUCCAGUCGCUCAAGUGGCUGUUUCAAAUGCAGCCGUUAACACAGCGAAUGGUCAGACACCAGAGAGUGUAAACAAUGAUAUACAAACAACUACGCAGCAAGAAAGUCAACCAAAUACUGUCAGUACUGCCACCGAGCAAGCUGUUGCUCCUGUUCCCAUAAGCAACAGCUUCGGCGGCAAUGGUGGUAACACCGCGGAGGCUCAACAAGUUGCUGAUGACAAUAAAGCUAGUCCCAUAGGGGCUGCCACAACCAUACCCACGACCAACGUGGAUGCAGCAUUCGCAAGCGAAGUGCUUUUACAGCCAAUACUUACCUCAGCUAUGGCAACUAAACCUCUGACUAGCAUCCCGCCACCGCCUGUGCCACGAAACUCGCAAAAUUUGGUCUCCUCGCUGCUACUGCAGCAAGUGAAGCAAAUGCCUACGCCCACUGUGAAUGCGGAGAACGCGAUAAGCGCGCUCACACAGAAAGUGGCCGAAGUGGAAAGUGGUGGCGGGGCUGUGGCUCAGCUGGCGGACCAUUUGAGUGGUCUGGCUGAAAGUGUGAAGAUGCCGACUGUGACAUCGACGCCUCAGAAACUACAAAAAGGUGGCAAGCACAAUAAUGAGCAAGGUAAUGCAAAAGGCACUGGCGGUAGCAACAACAAAGUAGGCAUUGGUGGAAACACGGCAGAGGCUGAUGGUGAGGCACCGUCCGAUGCCGCUGAGGGCAUGUGGAAAGAGGUAAAGAGACGCUCAAAAUCAAAUGCUUUAAAAGAUACUAAAUCUUCCAAUCAACAACACUCCCAAACGCCCUCAACACAACAAAAACAACUCAUUAAAAACGCCACUACAAAUGCUACCUCUGCAACUAAUUCAUCGACCACAACAAACAACAAUAACUUAAACAAAAUUGAUACAAAAAUGAACACGGCCACAACACCAUUGAUUACAUCGAACGCCUCCGUCACCAAUGCAACUCACACCACCAACACAACGAACGCCACAUCAUCCACCACUAUCAUCAAUAACAACAAAACAGCUCCUCAGCCAUCCACUCAGUCAGCAGUCGCACACGCUUCAGCUACAUCAGCAGCAACAGUUGGUCUCACAACAAACGCAAUUGAAAAGGAAGAACUAGACUUUCAAUUUGACGAAGAGCUUAUGGAUCCCAUCCCAGCCUCUGGACGUAUAAAUAAUUUCACCGAAAAUUUUUCCGACGAUGACGAAUCCGACUAUGAAUUUGCUGACCGCGACAUCAAUAAACUGCUGAUUGUGGCGCAAGUGCAGCGGGCACCCAAACACGAAGGCUACGAUCGCACAGCUGACUACAUUUCACGUACAAAAAUCACACAAGACCUCGAGAAUGUGAUAAACGAUGGUUUGGCCAAUUACGAGGAAGAUCUGUGGACCACAUCGAAUACGGGCACGGCUUAUCGCACGGUGAAUAUUAUAUCACAAGAAGAUUUUGAGAAGUUGGGUGGCGGCGGAGCCGGUGGACGUAUGCAACGCAACUAUGUACAACAAGCACCGCCACCACCACCACCUGCUUACGAAGAUGUGGAUACCACAUUAAAUAGUACGCUCAAUUCGACAUUGAAGUCGCGUCGUGCUCGCUUCUAUGCUGCGCCCAGCUCACAUUCGAUCGAUCCACGUACGCCACGCAAGCGCAAGACCCGCCAUUCGUCCAAUCCACCUGUAGAGGCGCACGUCGGUUGGCUGCUCGACUCUGUUGAACACCGACCGCGCACCACGUCAAUGGGCUCCUCGACAGGCACUUCACCAACGACUUCGUCAUAUGGUUCCUCCGUGCCACAAUCGCUACCUGUCUUCCAGCAUCCUUCGCACUCGCUGCUCAAAGAGAAUAACUUCACGCAACAAGCCUAUCACAAAUAUCAUUCGCGUUGUCUGAAGGAGAGGCGCCGUGCAGGCUAUGGUCAAUCACAGGAGAUGAAUACUUUGUAUCGUUUCUGGUCAUUCUUCCUGCGCGAAAACUUCAACAAGACAAUGUACAAUGAAUUCCGUACGUUGGCGUUAGAAGAUGCUUCCAAUGGCUUCCGCUAUGGAUUGGAGUGUCUAUUCCGUUUCUAUUCGUACGGUUUGGAAAAGAAAUUCAGGCCAAAUGUGUAUGAGGAUUUCCAGGACGAGACGAUUGCUGACUAUAAAAUCGGUCAACUCUAUGGUGUUGAGAAAUUCUGGGCUUUCCUCAAAUACUACAAAAACGCUGAUAAACUGACGGUGAAACCGGAAUUGGCUGAAUAUCUGAAAAAAUUCAAAACUAUAGAAGAUUUCCGCGUCGUCGAACCGGAGAUCAAUGAAAUGUUGCAAGGUGUUGGCAGUCUGAAUCGUGGCCGCAACUUGAAUCGGUUGCGCAGCGUUUCCGAAAGCGAUGGCACGGCGGUAGUUGGCGCGGGCGGUCGCAGGCCUAACACUACAAUCAGCAACCGCAGUGAUUACGUGGGCAAUCGUCCGCAAUACCAACAACACCCACAACAGCAACACCAGCAACAGCAACACAACAAUCAUCAGCCAGGCAACUAUGCCAAUUUCAGCAGCAAUAGACGCCGCACCGGCUCCUUUGGUAGCGGCAAUGUGCGUGUACGUAGCGGUUCAUUGGGCAAUAAACCACAAGUGGUGUCGCGCAACAACAAUUAUCAUCAUCACUACGGCAGCUCGCCACAUGAAAUGCGUCGUGGCGGCAGCAACUCAGGCCUUGCACCGCACAAACAGCAGCAAAAUCGCCAGCAGCAGCAUCAACAACAGCAACCACAACAAAAGUCUAAACAACAAGUACAAAAUAAAGAUUCCAAUAAUAUGCCCAGUGCAACAGCUAACGCUGCGGGGGCAACUGCAGUGACAGCAGUUAAAAAAGAACAUCAACAGCAAAAUUAUGGGGCGACAGCAAAACCAAACAAAUCAAUAGUCAGCAGUAAUGUAACACCAAAAGUCACCUCCACAGCGGCGGAAGUGACCUCAACAGCAGCGGAUAAAUAAUUGUUUAUUUUCAUGAUCUUUUUUUUUUAAUACAAAAGCUUAUUUAAUAUUGUUCGUUUAUAUCUUAUCUUAUCUUUAUUUUGCAUAACGUAUGUAUUUUCUUGUAAUUUUUGAGUAUUUUCAUGACUACAAACUGGCGCAAAUUUAGCAGCACUCUAAGCGCUGACAAAAAUUUGCAUAUAUAUAAAAUACUGUAAUUACACAAAGAAAGAGAAAUAAGUGAAAAUGAUGAAAGGAGUGCAGUUGACAUAAGUUCGGUUGAACGACAAGUGCAAAUUAUACGAACUAUAAAAUCAAAACGAAGUAGACGCGAAUAAAUUGGCUUUGAUCUCUGGCUUUCUUAAUAAACAAAUACAAUCAAAGUCACUUAUUGCAGCGCAGUGCAGACGAAAAAAGUCCUACUGAUUGUUGUACACACAAAAAUAUAUACAUACAUACAGGCAAUUGCUUUACGAACCAAGUUAUGAAAAUGCUCAAAAUUCUGCUAUAAUUUAUUUCACAUGCUGCAUACACAGAUAUUGUCAUGCAUGUUACGGUUAAUUGUAAACUUAUUUUCAUAGACUUUCAAAGCGUUGAAUUUACAACUAUACACACAUAUACAUACCUAUAUACAUAUAUUUAAAUACAAACAAAACUGAACACAUAACGUUAAAGAAAUAUAUUUGCUAAAGUGACUUUCUGUAUAAAACGAUAAAAAACAGAAAAACGUAAAAUGCGUUCAUACUUUGAAAGGCAUUCACAGGAAGGAAGGCAGGAAGGAAGUACGGUUGGAAUUUGCCUGCUUCCUGGCAAGGAAUUACAAAAAUGGUAUAGGUUUGAGCGUCAGCUGCGCAGAGAUUUUUCAGAUCACAACGAAAAUGAAGAAGAAGAAAAUAAGUUGCAUUUAUGUGGUAUAACAAGUGAAUCUGCUGUAUAGCGCCAAUGGGAAAUGGAUCGACUCCAAGCAAUAAUGGUCAGUUGAUGAUGAAUAUGCUUGGGCGCUCUUGAAAUCGGAAUUGCAAGUAAUUUACUUUGAAUAUAAACGAGAAUAUCAAUCAACUCUAUUUAAUAUUUAGCCAAUGCAUUAGUGCUAAUGUUGAACUGGACUACAACUUUUGGGUAAACAAAUUUUUUAAGUGAAAUAUUAAAAGUUAGGAGAAACCAAGACACGGUGUGGCAACCUGUGCCAAACUAGUUAGUUGCCAUUAAAAAGUAGGAAAAAAUUAAAGCAAAAUGCCGCAAAGCAUAAAUCGCAGGCAUUGCUGCACAAUUAUCAUAUAUUUUCCAUGUAUUUGCAUAUAGAGAAAAUGAUUUUAUUUUAGUGGAAACGAAAAACGUUUGGAAAGAGAUCGCUUACAUAUGAAGUAGCAGAGAAUUAGAAAAAAAAUGAAGAAGGGCCACUAGUACAGUUACGAAAUGACAAAAAAGAAGACAUACCAAUUACCACUAACACGGGACACAGCAACUAAGUGUUGCCGUUAUUGUGAGAACUAAACUUUUAUGCUAAGAUUUAUGCAAAAAAAAAAUAACUAACUAAGAAAUGCAAUUGUGCAAAAAUGUGAAAUGAAGUGAAAAGAAAAAAAAAAAAUUAUGCAAUAUUUGAUAUUAGCAAAGGCACACACGAAUACAUGCAAAUCUAUGCCAUUAAAAUUUAUAUAUUUGUAUUAUAAGUUUGUUAAGAAACAACAAUAAAAGCGAUGGACAGCAGUAUAAACGAGACAUGUGUGUGCUAAAGCAUACCGUUAAAGCAGCCCCUACAACUAACUACAUACAUUUAUGCUUAUAUGUAAAGAGUUAGUAUAUACAAAUAUAAGAAUACAUACAUACAUCUUAGUGGUCUUUAAAUGAGAAAACAAAGCAACAAUAACGCAGAGUUAAUAUCUGAUAACACACACAUAUAUACAUACAUAAAAUUAUAUAAAUAUAUAAAUAUGAAUAUGAAUGCAAAGUUAAACUUUAUGAGCGCUAAAACGCAAAAAUUCUUGUAUGCAUGCAGGUGCACAUUUUAUUAAGUCAUAAAAAUAACUACAUAUAAAAAAUAUGACAGUUAUAGAGUCAUAAGCAUUUACAACAAAUUCCGAACUUUAUAAGCCACACGCUAACCGCUGCUUUGCUUCUACGGCUGCUGUGAUGAGAGAUAACAACAAAGUGAAGCAAAAGCAAGCAAACAGCAGAGAAAUAGGUGCGUUCGGUUAAUAUGCACAUACACACACACACACACAUACCUGCACGCAACUAGCAAAGUUAAACGGAUAACGGGUAGCAUAUAAAAAAAAGGACGGAAAAUAUUUCCUAAGCGUUAAAUACAGUGAAAUAAUGCCAACAAAAGCUAUUCUUCAAUAAAGAUGCAUUAUGUGUUUAAGAGCAAUGAAAAAAAAAGAAACACUAGUGAAAUAUUUCGUGAAAACACUAAUGCCAGUACUCCUCAAGCAAACAAACAAAACAAAAAAAAAAAAAACAAAAAAUCGUUCAAGUGUAUGUUUAGAAACUUUUUUCUCUCACAAACACAUCCAAACGAAAGUUCCAUUCAAGUGAAAAAUGAUUUCUACCCACAGCAUGCCUACCUAUACACAUAUACACAUACACACAGUUACAUACAUGCACACACACUGCCGUCUACUCCACAGUGUACAGCCCUGUUAAUGCUUCAUUUCGAAUGCAUGCAAAAUGGCGCUCGUGAGAGCGCGCGUCAUUUUAAGCAAUAAUUCCCCAUAUGCACUGUGCGAGUAAUUGUUGCUGAAGUUUCAUAGAGAAUCCGUACAUUAUUGCAAUUAUUCAAACUACUACUUUACUUAUACCGCUCCUUCCUCUCUUAUUGGUUGUUGAAACACAACAAACACUUUUGUGCGUUUGAUUUUCUCAAUUUUUUGAAUUGACAUCAUAGUUUUUUUAUUUUUUAUUAAUUAGUUUUGUAAGCGAUUUCAAUCUUUGUGUGUUAGAUUAAUGAUAAGUUUUCAUUUGGUUUUGAUUUAAAUUUGAAUUAACAAAAAACAAAAAAAAAACAAAAAAAAAUUAUAAGAACUAGAAGCAAAAACAAAAAAAAAAUAUAUAUAUAAAUAAAACAAAAAACUGAUUUUAUUCUCUAAAAUCAAAUAAAAAGUUCUGAAUUUGGUAAUAUUGCAUACGAAGCAACAAUUUUGAAUCAAGCUGUUAAAAGUAGUAAAGGAAAAUUAUAUGUAUAUGAAAAUGCGAAUAUGUAGUUUACACUAAUUAACGCCUAAUUAAUCAAGUAAAAAUAAAAAUAUACAUUUUUUUAUAUAAGUUGUAAGUGAAACAAGGAAGAGAAACAUGAAGAAGAAAAAUGGAAGCAACAAAUUACAAAAAUACUUAUGUAGACUUUUUACCAAAAGCAAACAACUAAUAGCUAAACUAAAAGUUGGCAGCAAACAAGUGACAGAAUGUAUAAUUUUGAGCAAUCUAUUUUCGUUACAAAACAAAAAACAAAAAUCAAAA